GAUAUAGUUUCUUCUUUUUUAAAAGAUGUCAUUUCUGAUCUUCAUAAACCAAUCCCCAGUUUUUUGAGAGUAUUGUUUCUAGUUUUUGGUUGCAAAAAUAUACCAGGACUCACUUUAAAGAAAAAAAAAGAUAUAGAACUUUUCAAAGAACUCUUCAAUAAUCAAAAUGAUUACUAUAUGACUUUAAAAUCAAGUAGUUAUAACAAGAUUAUAUUUUUUGACUUUUCAUUUUUUAAAGAUCCCAUAGAAUUUUUAGAAAUGUUAAAAAAUAAGCCAAGUUUAUUAAUUGAAAAUCAAAAUCAACUGGAAGUUUAUUUAAAAGAACUCAUUAACAUUAAUGAUAGUCAAGAUAUUAUUGCAGAGAUAUUUCUAUUGGAAGGUGAAGCAACCAAGGUGUGCCAAAAAAAAAUAUCAGAGUUUAUUAACAGAAAUUUAAAAUCCUUUGCCAAGUAUUCAUUAGUUAUGCCUGAAGAGCCUUCAUUUAAUUAUGUCAUGGAUAGUUAUAUGAGUGUCUCAAACAAUAUUACAGAAAUUAUGACCAUUGAAAACCAAUUAAUUAUCAAACAGGAAAAAACAAAGAAAUUUUUUGAAAAGUACUAUCAAUUUUGCCAAUUUGUUCUAAAACAUUCAAAUGGUCAAAAUUUAAUAUUUAACUCAUUUCCAAAAGUCCUUAAAAAAACAUUAUUAUACUCAUUAUUGGCCCAAUCGUUUUUAGAAAAUAUCCUUAAUCAACUUUCAAGGGAAAAUAUUGACAAUCAUUCAUUAUCUCUUUUGAAAGAUAUUAUUGUGGAUUCUAAUUGGAAAGAGCUUCAAAAUGAAAAUGAAAAUUUAAAAAAAAAUGUAAAGGUUUACGAAACCAAAAUAAAAUCACCAUAUUAUUUAAAAAAGGAAGCUGACAAAUAUUCCAAUGAUCUCGAAGCUUUAAAAAAAAUAGAAUUAUAUCUUUUACGUACAUUUAAUUUUCCAAAGCUAGAGCCCCCAGAAGGUUUAUAUUUAAAAGAUAAAUUAGAUCUAUACAAAAACCAUAUUUGUACUACAAAAGUACCGGGAUACAAAGAGCCACUCAGUCAGGAUUCAAUUGAUUCAAUUUUCUAUUUUGAUAGUCAGUCUUCACAAUUUUUUAAAAUAGUAUUCAGCCAUUUUAAAGAUAUUGAUAAAAGUGUUAAUUUAAAUCAAAUAUGCAAAGAAAGUUUAUCAUUUUUAGAAUAUCUAAUGAAAAUGGAUACAAACAAAUUAAAGUUAAAUUGUGAAAUGUUUAAGAAAUUAUCAAGUAAUGAAAUUGAUAUCACCAAGGAAAUUAAAAUCUUUUCACAAUGGUUCAAAUUAGAAAAUCUCCAACCUACCAAAUUACAGAAAUUUAUUCAAGAAACCAUCUCAAUUUUUGGUAUUCAAACAAAUAAUGAAAUGUUAUUCAACUUUUUCGAUAAAUUUCAAUUCAUCAAUAUUACCGAUUUACUAGAAGCUCAGGACUCAAUCGAGAGAGAUCUUCAAUUUAUAAAAAACAGUUCUGAAGUCAAAUAUGAGGAUACAAUUAACAUUAGAAAAAAAAUUGAAGGCGCCAUUGGUGGUCUAAACUAUAGUCAUAUCCCAUUUUUUGACAUUAUCAACAAUGAAUUAAUUGAAUUCUAUUCAUCCUUCAAAGAUUCAAACGAUUUCAGAGAAAGAAAUAGAAUGAUUUCAACUAAUUUAACAGACACUCUCAGCUCAAAUCUUAUUGAUUAUGCCGUAUUAAUCCACGGGGUUGUUUCUCAAAUUGUAGAAGAUCACAAGAGAUUUAAAGAAUUUGAAGCCAAUGGCACCAAAACUCAGAGCUACACUUUUGGUCAAUAUUGUGCUCUAAUGUACCAACUAUUAAGAACUCAUGAUAUGGAAGAUAUCAACAAAAAGAUUAGAUUUUUACAAGACAGCUUGCCACAAUUAAAAGCAUUAUACAGCGGUGCCACUAUUAGCACUUUUCUUCCAACUCUUAGUAAGAUUCUGAUAGAGUCAGAAUUUAGAUCAACAAUGUCAUCAUCUAGUUCAUCAUGGCUAAUUAAAGUUGAUGGUGUAGAAUAUAACAGGGAAACAUUGGAUGAUUAUUUAAGAGGUUUAACAUUGGCUAAAAUUAAUGAAAACCAACGUGGUUGUGUAGAAGAGUUCCAAACUUUUUAUGAAUUAUUAAAUUCAAUUCACGAUAGCCACAUAACACUUAUCAAGAUGUUCCACAAUGAUUAUUUAGAAAAAAGAAUUUCUUUUCCAAUUGGUCGUGAUCAUAUAGAUAGUAUAAUGGAUCUUUCAAAGAAAUUAAAAAAUGAUAUUAGUAAAUGGACAGAUUUAAUCAAUUCUUUUUCACCAAGAGUUAGACUGUUAAGAAAUCAAGGUAUCUCUUCAUUAAUUACCAAAUUAAAUUCAAUAGAUCAAGACUCUCCGACAGAGGAAUUAGUAAAAUUGGUUUAUCCAUCUAUCAAAUUUUGUUACUCAAAGAAUGCAGUAAAUGUAGAUUAUGAAAUGGUUAAAAGGGUAAUCUCAGAGAAUGAAGAAACCAAAGUACUCAAUAGGGAACUUACAACAAGAGAUUUUAUAAGCACAUUAUUUGAUUUGUUCGAUAAAGAACUAGUAGAUUAUGACGAUUUAGAAGACGAACAAAACGAAAGUGGACCAAUAUUUUACCAUAUCGAAAAUAAAGAAACAUUAGAUCUUUGUAUCACUCAAAUGAAUGAUUUGGUUUUCCCACAUCCCAAUCAAAUAUUUUAUGGCAAUAAAUUUACUUUUGAAGCAAAUGAUUUCUUUUAUUUAUUAGAAAACCUCAAAGAUAGAAAUUUCUUUUUGGUUGGCUUACCAUUUAAAAAAGAUAGUUUAUUGUCAUGGUUCAGCGAUCACUAUUCAAAUCAAACAUUAUCAAAUUUAUCAAGAGUCUACAUUAUCUCUUUUAAUAGAUCAGAUAACUUUACCGAGUUUUUAAAAUCAUGGGAGGAUCCAAUCGAAGUCAAGUAUGAACAAUUAAAAGAAAGUUGGAAUCAAUCAAACUCAAAGAAUGGAUGCGAAUCAUUACAUAUUUUAAAUGGUGAAUUUGGUAGUGGUAAAACUUUGUAUGUUGAAGAAUUAAAGAAACAAAAUAUAAAUUGUCUUUUCUAUAGAUUAUCAGUUAGACCAAAUACAAACUAUAUGGAUUUCAUACAUUUUAUUAAACAAUCAACUCAAGAUUCCUCAAAAGGUACCAAGAAUAUAUUAUUACACAUCAAUAUCUCACCCUACAGCAAUUAUUUAGAGUUUUACACAUUCAUAUAUCCAUUAGUAACAUUUGGCUUCAUCUUUAAUGAAUUCAAUGGUGAAAUUAUUUGCAUAUCCGAAUCAUUAAAUGUUUCAAUUUAUUUUGAAAUUGGUACAUCAUUACCAGAUUCGCAAUAUGGAAAGCCAAAAGACAAUUUGUCACUACUCUAUCAUAUUUCAAAUGCAAUUAAAUACGAAAUUCCAUGGUCCUAUAGAAAAGAAGAAAUCAAAUGUAUAUCUUAUUCUCAAACAACUGCCAAUGGUUUAUUCUUCAAUAAGAAACCACAAAUUACAGAUCAACUUUAUCAAACUUCACUAGAUGACUACUAUGGGCUCAUAGAAAAAAUUUAUGGUGUACAUAUAAAUUUUCUUAGAGAUAAUAGAUUUAAACAGUAUCAAAAGAACUUCUUUUUACUCUUAAAUGAAAGAUUGGAGUUUUUAGAUAAAUAUUUAGAUUAUUAUUGCUAUACAUCUCAAAUGGGUAUCAAACUCAAGACAUCACCAGAAGAGUUAUAUCGUUUCUUUGUUAUUGAAGCUGUAAAAUUAGCUGAUCCAAAACUCUGCUCAACUAAAAAUAUUUGGUCAGCACCUCCAAUAGUCAUCAUUAGAUCAAUUUCGAAUUUCAUUGAUGAAGUUAAUAGAAAUAUAGAAUUACCACAAGUUGAAUUUGUUGAUUUUAGAACCAAAUCGGAUUUACUUGAUAAAGUAGAAACACUAUUCACCAUAGAAAAAGCUUCCACCAAUACUCCAAUGUUUUGUGCCGCUCUUUCUCAAAGUUUUCAAAUUACUGAUAGAACCUAUAUAGUUUCAAAUUUAGCAAGACAAUAUGGUUAUAUUUUAACACCAGAAUUUUCACUCAGAUUAUUAAUUCUCCAUGAAAAAAUCAAAAAUCAAAAAGCAAUUAUUUUAAAUGGUGAUACUGGUGUUGGUAAAUCUUAUAUACUUUUAUUCUAUUCUUCAGUUAUCAACGCAAGAAUUAAUGAUUUACCAGACAUUCUUUUUGACCUAAAGACUUUCUUUGAUAAUCUAAUGAAAGAGUUUCCAACAGAAUUUACUGAACAUUUGUUCGAUCCAGAAAUUAGAGAAAUUAUUCAAGUUGCAAAUAGAAUUACAAAAAUUUCACAAGAAGUUUCCAAUCGACUAUUUAAUCAAAUUUCAAUUUUCAUCACAUCCAAAAUUUUAUCAAACCCAUUAAUUCAAUUAGAAGAGGAUUCUUUCCUCUAUAAAAUUAAAAACAAUCAACAACUUAUCAACACUUGGGAAAUAUUAGAACACUCACUCAAAGCAAUAGGAUCUCUUAAAUUUAGAUGUUUAUUUUAUAGAUUAAUAAUGCACGAAAAAUAUGAUAGUAUACAAUUAAAAGAAAAAAUUAAAGAAUUAGAGAAAAAUGCUCUUGAUAUAUUCAAUAUUAAUAGCUCAUUAAGAAUGGUUGUAUUUAUUGAUGAAUUCAAUACCGCCCCAGAAGACUCAUUGGCCCUUAUCACAGAACUCUUUAUUGAUGGUACUUUGGAUGGGAAAGCAUUAAAAGUUAAUAAUAUAUCAUGGGUUGGUGCAAUGAAUCCAAAAAUGAAAUCUCAAAAGAUAUCUUUAGAUUUUACUGGUCAAGAAACUUUAUUCUCUGCUCAAGAUUUCAUUGUCAAAGAUCCUCCAGCUAGUCUUCAACAAUUAUACUUUGAUUUUGGUGAAUUUAAUGAAGUAUCGGAACGUUCUUUCUUGGAUGUACUUUUCAAAAGAAAAAAAGAUUUACCACAAAAACAGUUAAAUCAAUUACAGGAUUGUAUUUUAAUUGGUCAAAAUCACCUUAGAACUAUUAAUCAAUAUCGUACUCAUGUUUCAAUUCGUGACAUUAUGCGUGCAUUAGAUCUUUAUAAAUUCUUUAUGGAGGAUCCAUGUGGAAGUUCUUUAAUUCAAUGUGGUUCACUUAGAGAUUUAAACUUUGAAGAAAAACAUUGGGGUGCAUUAAUUUCAUCAAUGUACUUAACAUAUAUACUAAGAAUGGAAACUGGAAAAAACCGACAAACUAUUUUAAAUAGAUUCAACGAAUACUUAAAACAACAAGACCCAAAUCAAAAUAUUUCAAUGAGGGAAAAAGAUCCAUUCACUCUAUUAUUUAGAAAUAAAUAUAAAUCACUUUGCAGCAAAUAUAUUAAUUUGCCAAAUGGUAUUGCAAAAACAGAAUCUUUAAUGUUAAAUAUUUGGUGUUCGAUUGUUUCAAUCAAUUCAAAUAUUCCUUUACUUAUUGUAGGUCCACCAGGUUGCUCAAAAACCCUUUCAUUCAGUUUGGUUUUAGAAAAUAUUAACUCUUCAAUCCAAAAGAGUAUCAAAUACUCACCAUUAGCACAUAUUCCAAAUACAGAGCCAUUUAGAUAUCAAUGUACAGAGCAUUCAUCAGAUAUUGAAAUCAAAACUAAAUUUGAUCAAGCCAUUAAUCGUGAAAAAGUUAUGCAUGCAGAAAAAUAUAAAUGUGUUGUAUUUAUUGAUGAAGCAUCAUUAAUUAACGAAAACUUACAACCAAUGAAGGUCCUCCAUGACUAUUUAGAUAAAGUUGGUAAUAAAACUGGAGAAUCUAAAGAUAAUAUCGGUAUUAUUAUUUUAUCAAAUAAACUUUUAGAUGCAGCCAAGACUAAUCGUAUGAUGGUAUUAAUUCAUCCAAAUACCAUGAGUGAAGAUGAUGAAAAAGCUUUGGUAAAUGGUUGUCUUUAUAAUAACAAAGAAGAAUUAACAGAAGAAGAAGAAAAAAGAUGCGAUGCCUUAUGUAGAGCUUAUAAAAGAGUUAACGAAUUUUCCGUAUCAACUAAAAAAAAUCUAUUCCAUCAACGUGACUUUGUAUUCUUUUUAAGAUUCCUCAGACGUCAAAUAGAUAUGGAAGGCAAACCCUUUAAAGAAGCAUUAUUAGAAUCAUUAGAAAGAAACUUCAAAGGUAUUCCACAUGACGAUUUUAAGAAUUUAGUAAAACUAUUCUUUGAAGAAGUUGGCUUACCAACAAUUGAAUCGUUACCAGAUAAUACAAUUCAAAAUAUUAAGAGCUCAUUAUCCGAAAAGAUGCUAACCAACCAAAAUCCAAGUACAUUAACAUUUAGAUACACAAUGGUCAUUGAUCCAUCAGAAAAUGAAUCAUCAAUCUCUAUUUUAAAUGAAAUUGGAAUUAAAUCUAAAAUUGUUAGAGUAGGUGGAUUUGAAAAUGACCUUUCAGAAGAAUCGCUCGUAGAAUGUGUAUCACAAAUCAAAUCCUCAAUGGAAAAUGGUGAUACUGUUGUUUUAAUCAAUAGUGAAAAGAUUGACUCUUGUUUCUAUGAAGUUUUCAAUCGAUACUUUUCAUUGAUGCCAUCCCACGAUAAUAAAGAUAAAAUGGAUUUUAUGGCUAAUAUUUCAUUUGGUACCCAUUCAAUCUUUUGUAAAGUUCAUCCAGAUUUCAAAAUUAUUAUUCAUAUGCCACUAUCUAGGUUAAAGAAUACUCAAUUACCAUGGUUAAAUAGAUUCGAAAAGUAUUGUCUUUCAAUUGAUUUACUCACUCAAGAAGCUAUUGAAAAUAACGAAUCAUCGAAAGAACUCUUUGUUAAUCUUUGUGAAUAUUCAAAACAUUUUGUUAGUACCCUACACGAAAAAGCCUCCAAGAACUCUUUAUUGGUGGGCUACUCACAAACUGAAACUAGUUCAAGUUUAAUUUAUCAAUUUUUAAAAUCACAUCUAACUGGCUAUAACAAUGGUAUGUUUAAAAGAAAUAACGAAAUUUUUGAUCAACAAACAUUAUUCAACUUCAAAAUUUUACAAAUCGCUAAACCAGAGUCAAUUAUUCGUUGCUUUGACUCAAUACCACAAAACUAUUUAUUAGAAUAUUUUAUUAAACAAGAACAUUUCAGCAUAAUUAGAUUUUUAAAACAAUUAUUUAAAUCAAGAUAUUCAUUAAAAGAAAACCUUUCAAAUAAAUGGACAAUUUUUACAAGAUCAUCACUUUCAUUGUCUUCAUUAAAAGAUAGUGACUUAUUAAUUAAAUUCUUUGAAGAGAAUAUAGAAAUCUCAACUCAAAAAUAUAAUAAAAAACAUAAUCAAGAUGAUUCUGAAGUUGAAAUGGAUGAAGAUGAAGAAUUUAUAGAAAUAGACUCAAAUGAUAGCGGUGAUGAAAUUAAAAAAGAAUUUGAAUCUUUAAAUUUAAAUCAAAACAAUGUGGAUAUUAUCAAAAAGAAAUCAAUAAAAAUUAUUCAACUAAACCAUUUACAAUCAAGUAUAGAAUGUUAUAAAGAAAUCGAAUCAUUCAAAAACUCUGACAAAAUUGUAUUAAUUGUUAUAGCCGAUAUGAUCAAUUGUAAUCAAAAUCAGUUAAAUUAUAUUUUCGAGCUACUCACAAAUUUAGAUGAAAAUAAAAUGUUAAUAACAAUUUAUCACUACCCACCAGAAUUUUCAUUAUCAAACCAAUUAAAACUAAAUUCAAUUUUCUUAAAUAAUAUGGAAUUUAUUUACAUAGACUCAUUAGGUGUCAAGUUUGAAAAGGAUCAAGAUAAACUUUAUGAAAGUACAAUUGAAGAAGAUAUUAGAAAUUGGAUUGCUCAUUCUUGUAAUGUUAAAGAAUUUGAUUCAUCUGGACAACUUUUAAAUAAUCACUAUAAACCAGUUAGAGUAAUCUUGAAAGAAAUGUUCUUUAACCAACUUAAAUCAAUCGCCAAAGAAAUUGUUUGCCAUAACAGUCCCACAGUCCAAUUAAGAGGUGGAGUAAGACAACAAAAACCUCAUCCAUUUUAUUUAGAUAGUAAAAAGAGACAAGAUACUCUUUUGGAAAUUUUCGAAAACAAUCCACAAUGGUAUCAAUCCAUUAUCGAAAACUUUUCAAAUCAUUGGUUAAAUCAAAAGAUAUUCAUUAGAAUUCUUUUAAAUAUCUCUCAACGUAUUCAAAAUGGCAAAGAAUCACAUUCAUUCAUUGAUGCCAUUAAAAGCUCAAUAACAAACUAUCUUUAUCCAGUUACCUCAAAUAUUAUAAAAACAAUUUGUAAUUACAACUCCAUACCAACUAUUUUAGAAAUUAUUGAAAACUCUGUAAAUGAUAAAGAAAAGUACAACUUAAUCAAAAUUUUCAUUAAAACAUGUAAAAUUUCAUAUUUAUCAGAAAUUGGAGUUGAAAGAAGAUUAGAACCAAUUCAUUUAAAUCAACCAAAAACUUCAACCAAAUAUCCAUCACUGUUCCCAUUAUUUGACCAAUUUGAAUAUCAAUUCACUUUGAUUUUUGAUAAUAUUGUUUUAGAAUCGGAAAAGAAGAACUCAAAACUUAUCUUUGGUCAAUUAUACGAAUAUAUUGUGGGUCACCCAAUUCUAGAUCUUAUCAUCUACAUUUGUAAAUCUGAUCACUUAUUUGAAGCCUUUAAACAUGACUUUAUAUUUAGAAGCUUAGCAAUUGGAAUCGAACUAAAAGAAAUAUUCAUCAAAAUUAUCGAUCUAUUAUUACCAUUUUCUUUAAAGACUCAAGAUCGUAUUCCAAAUAUCUCGGAAAAAGAAUUUGAAAAUCUUCAAAAAAUUUUACAAUACUGGAUCAUAAAGAAUUAUAAAAUCGAUACCAUCAACUUUUUAAAAAAUAUUAUUUCACCAAUUUUAGAAUUACCAGACAAAGAAACCACACUUUUUAAAUGUUAUCGAAUUAUAAAAGAAUCAGAAAAUAUUGAUAUGGAUAAUUUAAAGAAAAAUUUUACUUUAUUAACAAUCGAAUUAUUAUGCAAUCAAAUAUUUAAUUUAACAAACGAAAUUAAUCAAAAAGAUCAAAUCAAUGAUAAUAUAGAUUCAGUUAGAUCAUGGAUUAAAACUAUUAGAGAUUUAUUUAAUAAGAUUAGUAUUGAACAACUAUUCUCAACUAUAGAUAAUAAUAAAGAAAUUCAAGAUUUAAUUUCAUUUGUAAAUUCCUGCUAUCAUAUUUUAACUCAAUACUUGGUCUUAUCAAAUGAUUUAACAAAUGAAAAUAGAAAUAUAAUUAUUCAAUCUUUAAAUCUCUUUAAAACAUCAAAUCUUCACAAAUUAAUGAUCAGCUUUGAAUUAUUAAAUCAAGAACUAUUUAAAUCAGGUUGUAAUGAACAAUUAUCAAGCUCAACAAUAUUAGAAAUUAUCAAGCCAUUAAUUAUAAUUGAUGAUGGAAAUUUAGAAUCAUUUAUUACAAUAGCAAACAAUGAAGAUAAACAAUUCAUCAAUAUCUUACCACAAUCAUGGAGUUUAAUUAUCAUUAAAGAACUAAUAAAAGAUGAAGACAAGAAAGAUCUAUACCUUUAUAAAAUUCUCAGUCAAUUAGAUAAAUCACAACUAAAAACAAUUCAUAGCGGUCCAAUUACAUAUUUCUCUCAUAAAGAAACUAAAGAACUAUUAUUAGAAAUAACUCCAAAGAGAAUAAAUGAUACUGUGGGCCUUGCUAUUAAUCAACUGUAUCCCAAUGAACCUUUAGUUGAUAUUUUAUAUCAUAUAGCAUUUGAAGAAUAUAGUCAAAGAUCAUUAAAAAACCCAAUUAAUAGCUUGAUCACAGAGUUUAAUAUUUUAUAUAAGAAAUUUAAUAGAUUCGAUUUUGUUCCCGAAAAUAAUGAUCAAAUGGAAAUUGACAAUCAAAUUAAUGUUAAUAUUUACGAAAGAAUUUCAUUGGUAGCAUUAUCAUGUGUAUUCUUGGAACAUUUAGUCUCAUUGAUCAAUAAUAAAGGCUUAGAAGAAACCUAUAAUACCAUACAUAAAAAAGAUAUUCAAAAAGUAUACUCAACAAUUUUAAAUAAUAACAAUAUAAGAUCAAACUAUCAAUUGCUUCAAAUUUCAAUAUACCACGUUUACUUGUUCACAAGAAUUAUUCAAGAGAAAACUUUAUUAGACUUGUUCCAAUCAAAUGGUCUCUUGGAGGAACUUUCAUUAAGUGCUUAUAAAAUCAAUAACAUAAAUACUCAAGACCAUUCAUUCCACAUGCCAUUCAUCUUUGAUAACUAUUAUAAAGAAGAAAACGAUUGUUUCUCUGAUUGUAAAUACUUUAUUGAACAUUCAAACUUACAUGAAUUCAAAAAUAUGGUUAUAAACUGUGUAUUACCAAAACACAAAGGUCUCGUAAGAAUGGUUUUGUUCCUUCUCUCUUAUUAUUAUAUUUACCAUGGAAGAACUGACAAAUCAUUUAAAAAACAUAGCGAAUUUAUCCUUAAUGAAAUAUUAGUUGAUCAAGCAAUUGUACAACAAUUAAAUCUUGCACCAUACAUGGAAACCUAUCACAAAAUUUUAAAACAAAAUUUUAAUCCACAAGUUUACUUAAUAGAUAAUAUUUUAUUAUCAAAUAACAAAGAUGAACAAAAAAUUGCAAAUUUAAUUAUCAACUCUAUUUCAGUUUCAAUUGGAUCAGAGAAUACACAUUUAUCUCUAUUCACAAGAUCCAAAAUGCCAGGUGAUACUAUUGAUCCUUUUAUUCAAAAUCUCUGUAAGCCAUUUCCAGGUUGCCGUCAAAAUACAUUAGUGGAUUGUCAUGCCAAAUAUGAAACUUACCACGGCCAACAACUCGAUCAUUUUACAACAAUAUCAUCUACAUGGGGAAUUAUGGCAUUUAUUGCAACGAUAAGACCAUAUGAUUUCAACUUUUAUAAAGGAUUACAUUUUAUCAACUAUCCAUCUGAUGCAGCCAAUCCAUCAAAUUAUAUUUUAAAUCGUUCGUUAGUUGCAAUAACAGAGGUCGAACUAAAUCCAGAACUAAAGGGAUUACUUAUUGACCAUUCAAUGUUCCUUUCAAACCAAAUAUUUUCAAUUUGGAGAGAAUCAUUCAAUAAUAAUCCCAGUUUUAAUAAUAUAUUUGGAAACCAUGAUGAAGUUAGAGCAUAUGAAGCUCAAUUAAAUAGAAUAUAUACCAAUACAAAGACAGAAUUUAAUUUAGUUAAAACCAGAUACAUGGAGAAAUCUCUAGCAGAAAGCAAAAUUGUUACCAUUAUUCAUAAACUAAGAAUAAUCUACACAAAUUAUUUCUCAUCAUUAAUACUUCCAUUAGAAUCAGUUCAGUUACUAAUUACUAAAACUCCAACUGAAGAAUAUCUUACAAUUAGAACAUUUAUAAAUGAAAUUGAAAAAAUCUGUAUAUCAAGAUACUUCUCAACACUUAUUCAAUUCCUCGACACAUUUUAUCAAUUUACUUCAAAUAUUUUACCAGAAGAAUAUUUAAAUUUAUCAGUUGAAGACUGUAUUAACUAUCUCAUUGAAAAUCAUUACGAAACCCAACAAUCAAUAACACCUCUCAUAAAUAAAUUUGAAGACCUUAUAAAUGUAUGGGAAAUUAUAAUCGAAAACCUAUCCAUUGAACUUUGUCCAAGAGCUGCCCAAUUCGAAGCUACAAUUCCAUCGAUUCAAAAAGAUACUCCAUUAGCAACUAUUAUUUCAAGUGAUCCAACAUCAAUUGGUUGUAUUGUUAGAGUAAUCGAUAAUUGGUUAGAAAAAACUCAAGGUAGAAUUAUUAAUCUUACAACUACAGGAAAAUUACCAGAAGAAAUACUAAAACUUAUAGAAAGUUUUGAUAUAAAUAACAAGAUUGAUAUCGCAGAAAUUCCAAUUGAAAUAGGUAGUAAUAAUCUUUUAAUAGGAGCCAACUAUACACCAGAUGAAUUUUAUGAUUUCUAUAAAACUCAACUUUCAAAAUAUUUCUCCCUUAACAAAAAUGAAUUUGAAAAAUCAAUUGAUUGGUCCUCAAUUCAAAACAAUUUAGUAUUAAACUAUAUUUAUGGUAAAGUUAUUUCGAAUCAAUUAAAAAGAUAUAAAACAGUAUUUAAAUUUAAAAAACAACAUCAAUAUACUCAACAAGUUCAACCACAACAAGAACAAGAUAAAGAAAAAAUAAUUAAUAAUAUAGAUAAUAAUUUAAUUAAAAUUGAAAGAUUAGAACCAGAAUUCAUUAAAGAAAUAAAAGAAUUAGUUGAAAAAGUAUUAACUUUACAAAACUUUAAUGAACUUUUAGAAGAAAAAAUUGAAAUUAAACUUAGAACCAAAUUUAAAUCAAGAUUAGAUCAAGAUCAAUUAGAAAUUAUAGGUCGUUAUAUUUUACAAAUUUUAAUAUCAAUUUCAAAGAGUGAAAACUUUAAUGUUAUUAGAGAGAAAUCAUUACUUGAAAUAUCAGCAUUCCUCUCAGAUAAAAAUUCUCAAUUUAUCAGUUUAGAAAACUCAUUUAAAGAACAUUUACCAGCAAUUAAAGUAUCAAGUAUAUUAUCGUUGGCUGACCUAUUCAUCAAUAGCUAUUUAGGUUUCAGAUACUAUUACUCUUCCAUCAUCAAAGAACCAAUUCAACCAAAUAAAGAUCAUAUUUGUAAAUUUAAAACAAUUUAUGAUUUAAUUUUAGUUGAUUGUGAAGUUGAUAAAAAGAAACGUACAAACGAAUGGAUUCAAUAUUUAUGUCAGUUUAUUCAAAUAGCAUCAUCUGAAAACUCUAAAAGAAUUAUUAAAGACUCUCAACCUGACUCUCCUCUAUUAUCUCUUUUAAAUAGAGCUCAACUAAAAGAUUUAGAAUCCCCAUCAACAAAAGUUGUACUCAUCCAGCUAAUUCCACCUGUUACACUUAACUACUAUGCUACUUUAAUGGGCACACUUCAAGAAACACUUUCAACACUUUACUUUAAUAUGGAAGAAUUAGAUAAAAUUGAUAAUUCAAUCGUUUUUAAAGAACUAACAAAAGAAGAUUUACUCAAAACAAAUAAAAGAAAGAUUAAUAGUAGAAGUAUUACAAAUAACAUAUUAAACAUUAAUGGUAAAGAAAUUGAUGAUGAAAAUUUAAAGAUUAAAAUAUUAACAAGUCAUAAUGAAAAUUACCUUACAAAAAAUGUUGAGGUAAAGAGUAAAGACGAAGAGGAUAAUGAAGAAGAUCCAACAUUAAUUAAAACAUUAUUAAAGAACAGCGAUUCAAAUGGAAUUAUAUUUUUAACAAAUCUCUUUGAAUGGAUUAGAUUCCUUCCAGAUAAUUUGCUAUCCUUCACUCAAAUAGAAAACUCUCUUGCUCUCUAUCCAAUACUCAAAGAAUUUUUAGAUAUUUCUUCAAAAAAACUAAAAGAACCAUAUGACAUCAAAAAAAUAUAUAAAGAAUUUUUAAAUGAAAGUAAAUCACUUAGAAAUGAAUCUAACAAGUCAAAUCCACUACCAUCCAAUAUUUUAAUUUCAUUACUUUCUGUAAUUGCAAAUAUUUCUCCAAAAGAUUCUUUUGGAAAAAUUUUUACUGGCACUUUGGAAAUAGUUUGUGCCAAAUGUAACCAACCAAUUAAAAAGGAAUUAACUCAAUUUAAUUUACAAUUCAAUAUUAAAUUAACUUCAAAACUUACUGAAACUGUUAAAACAACUCUUUUCAAUUUAAUCAAUUCUACUGACGAUUGUAAAAUAUGCAUGAAAACCAUACCAACAAAAUCAAUAUUAAAAGAAGCUCCAACCUAUCUAUUUGUUAAUGUUGAUAGAUUAAAGAAUAACGAUCUCUCUUUCGAUGAAUUAGACUAUCCAUCUGAAAUCUCAAUAGAUUCAUUCUAUAAAACUGAUGUUUUAUUUUAUGAAAUCGAUUCAGUUAUGAUGUCAAAUGGUGAAUAUUCAUCCUCUCAUAUUAAUUAUAAUAAUAAUACCCUUAGAAUCGAACCAAAUAAAAAAAUUAAAACUAUAGAAAGAGAAGAUUUUAUCGAAUUUGAAAAAAGAAACUCAAUAAUGAUUAUUUACAAAAAACAGCAAACCAAUCAAAAUAAAUCUAAUAUUGACAGUGAUACUAAUAGAAUGGAAGUUGUAUAUAAUACAGGUAAUUCAGCUUAUAAAGAGAAUAUUACAACACUAUUAGAUAAACCCAAAAGAAUAGAUGCAGAUAACUCCUCAAACAUCUCUAAAAAAGAAAUUAUCGAUAAUAUUGAACUAAACGAAUCAUUUGCAACAUGGCUAAAUGAACUUCAAAUCAAUUCUAAAGUACUUCAAAUGAUUUCCAAAGCUAUAGAAGAAAACUUUAUUACAAGCUUUGAAACUGCAUUUAGUAUAAAAGAAGAUGAAUGGAAGGAUAUUAUUAAACCCUCUGGCCCAAGAGCUUUAUUCCUAAAAUAUUUAGGAAACUUUAAUUAAAAUAAAAUAGAUAUAAAAUAUUUUUUUAAAU